AUGUGUCUCUUCGGAUACGAACAAGGCGUGUUCGGAGGCAUCAUGGUUGGACCACCUUUCCUGAGGUUCUUCCACGACCCUUCCCCGUCUGUGCUGGGCUUCGUUACCUCCGUCUACGACCUCGGAUGUUUUGCUGGUGCAAUACUCUCUUCUUUCAUCGGCGAGAAACUUGGGAGGAGGUGGAUGUUGAUCAUUUUCACGAUCAUCAUGACGACAGGAAUCGUUAUACAAACCGCCGCCCAAAACAUGCAAUGGCUCAUUUGGGGGCGCCUGAUCGCUGGCAUUGGGAAUGGUGGGAACACUGCGACGGCGCCCGUGUGGCAUGUGGAAUGCAGCAAGAGCGAGGAAAAGGGCAGAGCCGUGGUCAAGGAGAUGACCGUCAAUGUCGGAGGCUUUGUGAUGAGUAACGUCAUCACGCUCUUCUUCAGCGGAUCCAAGUCGGAGUACCAAUGGAGAUUCCCACUAGGCGUGCAGUUGCUAUUCAGCGUGGUUAUCUUGACCAUGAUCUGGAUCCUUCCUGAGAGUCCCCGGUGGUUGCUCAUGAGGAAAAGAGACGCCGAAGCGAAAAUUGUCUUGACUGCUCUUGCUGAUAGCGAGCAAGAGGUGCAAGAGGGAUUUUCGAAGAUUAAGGAAUCUGUUCGCAUCGAACAGGCUACCAAAGCGUCAUGGAAACAAGUCUUUGCGGGCGGGCAAGCCACACGUCGGGUGUCUUUGGGCGUGUUGCUCCAGAUGGCACAACAACUAUCUGGAAUUAAUGUACUAUGCUACUACCUUCCACUAGUUUUGCAUCGCUCUGUCGGCCUUCCGGAACUGACGUCGCGUGUCAUCGCCACUAUCAACGCUGUCUGCUUCAUGUCUGCUACCUGGACCUCGAUCACGAUCAUCGAGCGCGUUGGACGCCGUCCAUUGCUUAUGGUAUCCGCCGCAUGCAUGUCAGUAGCCUUCGUGGGAAUCGCGGUAUCUGUCGGUAUUGGACAGGCAAACCCGGCAUCGCAUCUCGUCCCCGGCAUUGUCGCAACCGUCUUCAUGUUCCUUUACUUCAUCGCCUUCAGCUUUGGCUGGAUCUCCGUUCCGUGGCUUUACCCUGCCGAGAUCAACUCAUUGUCGAUGCGGUCUAAGGGUGCGUCGCUGGCUACCGCUUCCGACUGGCUUUUCAACUUCGUAGUUGUUCAGACCACGCCGCUUGGGAUCCACCACCUAGGAUGGUUCUUGUACCUCAUUUACGCCGUGUUGAACGCUUUGUUCGUUCCUUUCGUGUAUCUCUUCGUCGUGGAAACGGCGGGUAAGAGUCUCGAACAGAUCGAUCGCUGGUUUGCAAGCCAUCCCGGUUGGCGAGUCGACAAGACGACAGAUACCGACGGCGGUGUCCUCCCGGUCAGCGGACGUACCAAGACUGAUGAAGAUCAACAAAGAAUGCUCAAAGCCUUUGGAAUAGAGAGUGAUGAGGAGGAUUAUGAUAGCGACUGA